CCCAGCAGAUGGCGCUGCUUGCCUUCGACCCGGCAGGUUUGAAAAGUAGUUCGAACAACUUCGUUGUAUUUGUUUUCAUGUUGGCAUCAUCAUGGCAAACAUCAGUCUUGAAAUCGACGAUUAUUUUAUGCAUUUAGAAGAAAAACGACUUAACAGUUUCCAGAACUGGCCAUAUGAAGCAGAGCACGAAUGUACUGCUGCAAAGUUGGCUGCUGCCGGGUGGUAUCACAUCCCCACUGACCAGGAGCCAGAUGCUGUCCGCUGCUUUGUCUGCCUCAAAGAACUGGAUGGAUGGGAGCCCAAUGAUGACCCAUGGAAGGAACAUAUGAAGCACUCCCCCCAGUGCCCGUUUCUCAAGCUGCCCAAGACAACUGGUAAGAUGACAGUGGAACAGUUGCUCAACCUGGAGAUAAAGAGAUGGUCACUCAAAAUGCGUAAGAUCUUAGAUGCCAGAAUAGAAGAAUACAAGAUCCAAGCUGAUGCAGUCCGAGAUGCCAUGAAGAAUCUGGUGGAUAACUGACGUAUUACACCUGUGAAAAACCAGACACACAAGACAUUUUACACUUGAUAUCACUGAAAUCUUUGCUACCUUGUUUCACCUGCCUGCUGUCAUUAUUCUCUUGAAGCAACCUCCUCCCUUUACACAAUGUAUACUAUCAACAUCUUCAUAACACAAACAUACCAUUGUCAUUACUCUUGUAUUGUCACAAGUGUUUAGGUGAUUUUGCAAUCUCCUUGAAAUCAAAUUUUAGUUGUUAUUACCAUUAAACAAAUUUCUGAGGGCAUCCCAUUACAGGUCACAAUGUCCUUUCACCAACUUCAACCAUCAAUGAAAGUACUAAACAAAAAGCCAGAAAGCAGCUAUCUUCAGCUUUACAGCACACAUUUUCAAAAUGGUGCCUUCCUUUGAAGACUAAACUUUGAAAAGUUUCAAUUCAAAACUGAAAACUGAAAGAAUUCUUGAAUGUCAGAUUUAUCUGAAACUACAGUCAGAUGAUGACUUCUUUGAGAGGCAUAUAGAAGUUGGAGCAGUAAGGAAGGAUAACAAUAUAUGGAUGAACAACUUCUUUAUUGCUGUGGCGAUGUUUCGGUGUAGGUUGUAACACCGUUAUCAAGCAAGUAUCAUCCAUAUAUUGUUAUCCUUCCAGAGGAUAACAAUAGCCAGAGGAUGGAUUUGACAGAAUCAGCUGUACAUGUUAUUCAGAAUACCCUGUGUUAGCAGUUUCAAGUUUACAGGUUUGAAAACAUCACCUUCCUGAUUUGCUUAGAAAACACUUCAAUUGGUCAGCUGAAAGAUUGUAGUCAGUUGACCUGUAAUGGAAUGUCGUGAUUUCUUUGUUUAUUAGUUUCAGUAACUAAAAUCUGAUUUAGAUUACAUUGGUGAUGUGGAAACAGAGAACCUGGAUGUGUGCAAUGUGUGGCUGACACAACACCCGCGUGUGUGUGCUAUGUGUGGCUGACAGAACACACCUGGGUGUGUGUUGAAUGUGUGGCUGACACAACACACCUGAGCAUGUGCAAUGUGUGGUUGACACAACGUGUGUGUGUGUGUGUGUGCAAUGUGUGGCUGACAACACACCCGUGUGUGUGUGCUAUGUGUGGCUGACACACACACACCUGGAUGUGUGCAAUGUGUGGCUGACAACACACCUGGGCGUGUGCAAUGUGUGGCUGACAACACACCUGGAUGUGUGCAAUGUGUGGCUGACAACAUACCCGUGUGUGUGUGCUAUAUGUGGCUGACACACACCUGGAUGUGUGCAAUGUGUGGCUGAUACACACACCUGGGCGUGUGCAAUGUGUGGCUGACACACACCUGGGCAUGUGCAAUGUGUGGCUGACACACACACCUGGGCGUGUGCAAUGUAUGGCUUACAGAACACACCUGGGUGUGUGCAAUGUGUGCCUGACAGAACACCUGGGUGUGUGCUAUAUGUGGCUGACGGACAGGACACAACUAUUUAUCAUUCAUAAACUUAGCAGUAACUGCUAUGCAUUGUUUAGAUUGUUUGCCAAUGUAUAUAAUAAAACUUAUACACAAUA